UUCAAUUAUUCAUUCUUUUCACGGCACGCCUAUCAGGCGAUGCGUUUUAUACUGUGAUGGCUCUUUUGCACACUAUAGUUUAUUCAUCAAUUUUAUGAUAAUUAAUUUUCAUCGUAAUCGCAUAGUGUAAUUUAUAUUUAAUUAUUUAUUUCUAAGCUUUUCUUGAAAAUGGCGAAUCAGUCCCAGAAAACUGUAUACAAGCUAGUGCUGACCGGAGGGCCUUGCGGCGGAAAAACCACCGGCCAGUCACGUCUUAGUACUUUCUUCGAAAACUUGGGAUGGAAGGUGUUCCGGGUGCCGGAAACGGCUACCGUCCUCUUAAGUGGUGGUGUGAAGUUUGUAGAUCUCAGCCCGGAGGAAGUUGAACCACGACUUAGUAUGUCGAGCGAUAAAUGCCGUAAGGAUUGCAAAAGAUGCGUCGCAGCGGCAGUAGCUCUGGCCAACCAAAACGAUUGUGCUAACAAAUUCCAAGAGAAUUUGUUGAAGACCAUGAUACAAAUUGAGAACACCUUCUUUGAGUUGGGCAGGACGUGCCAGCGUAACUGUCUGAUUAUAUGCGAUCGAGGAGCCAUGGACGCUAGUGCAUUUAUUUCCAAAGAAAAAUGGGAGGCUAUGUUAAGUGCGAAUAACUGGAACUGUGUGGAACUACGUGACAACCGAUAUAACCAUAUUGUUCAUAUGGUAUCGGCAGCAAACGGUGCGGAAGACUUCUAUUCAACUGAGGAACACGCAUGUCGGUCCGAAGGCGUAGAGUUGGCCAGAGAGCUGGAUUACAACGCGGCAGCAUCGUGGGUUGGACAUCCCUAUUUCGACGUUAUCGAUAACUCCACAGACUUCGACAAGAAGAUGAAUCGUCUGAUCGCUUGCGUCUGCCAACGUAUAGGCAUAGACACCGGUGACAGACUCAACGUCAACGCCAAGAAACGGAAGUUCCUUGUCAAAUGCCCACUUCCUGUGGAUGCAGAGUUCCCGAAAUUUCAGGACUUCGACGUGGAACACAACUACUUACAGAGCGACUUCCGUAAAGCUCAGGUGCGGUUAAGGAAGCGUGGGCAAAAGGGCCACUGGUCUUAUAUCCACACUAUGAGGAAAUUCCACCAGAAUGGCCAGUCGGUGGAAGUGAGGACUCAGCUAACACACAGAGAUUACCUGAAUAUGCUUCCGCAACGGGAUGACGCGCACUUCACGAUAUUCAAGAAACGCCGCUGCUUUAUCUACAACAACCAGUAUUACCAACUGGAUAUGUACAGACAACCCACGCAUCCAAGAUGUCGCGGAAUGGUUCUGCUAGAAACGUAUAGCGCUGCGUACGAUCAAGACGCACUUUUGGCAACUUUGCCUAAGUUUUUGACAAUUGAGAAGGAGGUUACGGGUGACCCAGCAUACUCUAUGUAUAAUUUGUCAUUAAAGGAAGAUUGGAAAACAUCAAAAAGGUACUACGCCGGGUCUGGCGCGAACGGACAAGCUAGAAGAAAAGAGAAACUAAAUGGACACGCUGAUAAACUUCACGAUGGCGACACUAAAAUGAAUAGCCAUGGAAAAAUAAAUGGAUGUGAAGAAAAAAUAAAUGGGCAUUCUGAUCAUAAAUUAAAUGGUCACAGCAAAAUGAAUGGGCACGGACCUUUUAAAAUAAGUGGACAUGGACCGAUCAAUGGAAUUUCAAGUCUCCAUGAUAGUGAUAUGGAACAUCUCAAGACAAACACUAUUCAUGUAUCGUCACCAAAGAUGAAAAAAGUUGCUAUUAAGACAUAAAAUUUAAUUAUUUAUAUAUAGA